CAACACCAGAAAGCACCCCUCCGGCCCAGCCACCACGCUCAAACACUACACGACAACGCGACGCGUCCUGUAUUCAGCUAGCCAACCAACCAGUCAGCCAGCCAGUCACCGCCAUUGCCAUUGCCUCUGUCACACCUACGCGAACACACAUUGCGAUUGGGCUGAGACCAAGAAAGCUCACUGAAUUCUGCGCACCAGAUAUCUCACCUGUCUCUGUUUGAGCAGAGCAGGCAGUAAGCGAACGAGAGGCGGAUCUGCCGACUGCGGCAUUCCACCACCGAACGAACACGAGCACCUUCUCAGGCGCUGCUUGUCCUGAGCUCCUUGUGUCCACGGAGUCCGAAUACACCUCGAGCCCAUACAGCUGAAUCGGCGCUGGACAGUCACUUCCACCUCACCACCUCCACGAGGCCCCACACAAAUACACCAACGCAAUGGCGUCAGGGCUUGCAGACAAGCUCGAGAGCACUACACUCAAUGACGAAUCACCAGCCGGCGACUACAAGCAGGGCCUCAAGGCACCUCCGAAAGAUGGGCGACAGCAGACUGAGGACGUGACGGCGACGAAAGGCUUGGAAUUUGAGGACUUCUACCUCAAGCGAGAACUCUUGAUGGGCAUAUAUGAAGCUGGAUAUGAGAAGCCCUCACCAAUUCAAGAAGAGACCAUACCCGUGGCACUGACUGGACGUGACAUUCUGGCACGAGCGAAGAACGGCACAGGAAAGACAGCCGCCUUCGUCAUCCCUACUCUUGAGCGCAUAAACCCGAAAUCAGACAAAAUUCAGGCCCUUCUUCUUGUGCCUACACGAGAGUUGGCAUUGCAGACCUCCCAAGUAUGCAAGACCCUUGGAAAGCACCUUGGCAUUAAUGUCAUGGUCACCACCGGCGGUACUGGACUUCGCGACGAUAUUAUUCGAUUGAAUGAAGCUGUACACAUUGUUGUUGGAACUCCUGGUCGUAUUUUGGAUCUUGCAGGAAAGGGCGUCGCCGAUCUUUCAGAAGCCAAGACUUUUGUCAUGGACGAGGCAGACAAGCUUCUGUCUCCAGAAUUUACCGUCACCAUUGAGCAGCUUCUCAAAUUCCACCCCAAGGACCGCCAGGUUAUGCUGUUCUCUGCCACCUUCCCAGUUGUGGUGAAGGAUUUCAAGGACAAGCACAUGACUGACCCACACGAAAUAAACCUCAUGGAUGAGCUCACCCUCCGCGGUAUCACGCAGUACUACGCUUUUGUUGAGGAGAAGCAGAAGGUGCACUGCCUCAACACCCUCUUCAGUCGUCUCCAGAUCAACCAGUCCAUCAUCUUUUGCAACAGCACGACUCGAGUAGAGUUGCUCGCCAAGAAGAUCACAGAACUUGGCUACUCGUGCUUCUACUCUCACGCGAAGAUGCUGCAACAGCAUCGAAACCGUGUCUUCCACGACUUCCGCAAUGGUGCCAUGCGCAAUCUUGUAUGCUCAGAUCUCCUCACCCGUGGUAUCGACAUUCAGGCUGUGAAUGUCGUUAUCAAUUUCGACUUUCCAAAGAAUGCGGAAACCUACCUUCACCGUAUCGGUCGUUCCGGUCGUUUUGGUCAUUUAGGUCUGGCUAUCAACUUGAUCAACUGGGAAGAUCGAUUCAACCUCUAUCGCAUCGAGCAGGAACUUGGCACCGAGAUUCAGCCCAUCCCUGCUUCCAUCGACAAGAAGCUCUACGUUUAUGAUGCACCAGAAAACAUUCCUAGACCAAUCAACACUGCGCCACAGCAGAAGCAAAUUCAACAACCAUCAGGCAGACAGCAGGGAAAUGGACAGGACUUGCAAAAUCCUGCCAACCGUACCACUGGUGGCUACCGCGGCGGCCGAGGUGGCUACCGAGGAGGACGCGGUGGUGGCGGUGGUCAACGUUACGACCAAAAUGGCUUCCAAGGCCAACAGAGACAGGGCGGCUACCAGCAGCGGCCCAAUCAACAACAGAUGGCUCCAGCUGGUCCUCCAGCGGCUCAGGCAUAG